GUUGUAGCUUUGCUAUUUUUAGUUAGUUCCUCCCCCACACCGUCCAGUUCAUCGUUGUCCAGAGCUUGGGUUUCUUUUAUGAGUUGACCAUGCAGCGUUUUCUGUGGAGCCUUUAUUUUAGACAUUGCUUUUAUGUCCCACAGCUGUAUUCUGUUGGCAUGAAGAUCGUGAGACACCAUCUUACCAUUGUGCUUCCAGAAAGCUUCAGCUCCUACAUAUGUGCAUUAGAAAUGAAGAAUACUGUCUCAAAGCUUCUCACUGUGACUUUCAAUACAGUGUCCAUUGUAUAGUGUUGGUCUUGCUUUGCUUGUGUUGAAUAAAUAGAUGUGUUUCUGUCUCUGGAGCUCUAAGACAAGGAGGCUUUAUCUGUGAAUUGUUUAUUAGGUGAGUGCGACAGAGAGUCUGAAAGGACGGCCGGCAAAGCCAGUGAAGGUGGCAGAAAGUGAUGUAGAUGUGACUCUGAGUCGAUUGUGUGAACAAGACAAAAUACUGCAAGAGCUUGAGUUCAGACUCAGUGGACUUAAGGAUGAUAAGGACAAGCUUGAGUCUGUUCUGGAUGUGUCCCACCAGCAGAUGGAGCAGUACAAGUAUCAGCCAGCUCACGCUGAGAAGAUCGCCUACCAGCAGCGACUCCUUCAAGAGGACCUGGUGCAUAUUCGAGCUGACAUUUCUAGAGUGUCAACGGAGAUGGAGAGAGCGUGGGAGGACUACAGCAGGUUGGAGCAGUCAGUGGAACAGCUGAAGGACGUCCUGCAGACUCAGAUGAAUCUCUGCACUUCACCUCAGGAGAAAAAUCAGUUGAGGAGGGAGCUCUGGAGGAUAGAGGACGUGAUGACUGGACUCAGCUCAUCCAAAGAAACCUUCAAAAUCACCAUAGACUCAGUGAAGAACCCAGAGAGAAAACUUGUGCCUUCAGUGAUAGAGUCGACAGUGCCUUCUCGAUGCAUGACCCCGUUCGCAGUCAAGGUGUGGUCACCCCGACGCAGUCUUACCUCCAGUCCGUUAUCACUGCCCUUGGACAAUGAGGUUUUUCAGCAUCCUUACUCUAUGCCAAAAUGGGACGAGGAUGAUGCUCCACCCAGACCACCUUUGCCCCUCCUCUAUGAUGAGGACACACCCCCUGUUGUCCCGCCCUUACCUAAAGAAACAACGGUCAUCAGACACACUUCUGUCCGUGGCCUCAAACGACAAUCUGAUGAGAGGAAACGUGACAGAGAAAGCAGCUAUGUGAAUGGAGACUGCAGGGUGGAACUGCGGUCCUACCUGAGUGAACCAGAGCUUCCUGGAUCAGGAACAGAUCAAGUGGACCCAGGCUACUCGACUCUUCAAAGAAGAGGCCUGUCAGGCUGCUCUUCCAGAGUAAACCAGUAUGGUGUGACUUCCUAUUCACUAAGGAGAGGAGAUUCAGCGUUAUCGACAACAGUGAGCACCUGA